AUGAUUAGCCAGGUUCACGAAUCUGAAGAUACCGAGCUCUGCAAGAAAAUACUGGUAAUUAUAUCAAUCAUUUUUCGGCCUAUUACGCUAUAUAAACUGACUUUAUUUAUCAAACUACCGGACGACGACUACGAUGAUCUUAUUUCUCUUGAAGAGAUAAUCAUAAUCUGCGGAUCUUUUUUAACGUUACAGAAAUAUACUAUUGUAUUUAUUUAUCAGUCUGUAAAGGAAUUUUUACUUAAGGAAGCACUCAGUGAGAUACUUCCCAGAGGUAUAGAGGCUAAACACGAUAUAAUAUUUAUACAAUCUCUUAACGAAUAUCAAAUAUCUAGACUCUAUACAAAGGAUAUCUGCAAACCUAGCCUAAAUCCACUAGCAGCGGUGGCAUACUUAUAUAUCUACUGGAUAGACUAUCUUAAAGCUAGACUACUUAAUAGAGCUUGUGAGCUAGGAGUUUAUGACUAA